AUGUCUUUAGUCACAUCUCGUCGGUAUCAUACAUAUUGCCGUACAAAUACUAUGGCGUUAAGCAUUGAUCCAUAUAUGCACACAUUAACGCAAUUUAUUGUGCAUUUCAAUCAACAUAUGGUACAAUACUUGACAGAUUCUGUAUCCAGAUCCCUACCCAUAUACUACAUUAAAUACUAUCUAAUAUUAGGUAUAAUUGCCCAAAAUUUCCAUGCUGUACUAUUGAAUAUGGCUACAUGGCAAAAUUGGUGUACAUAUAUUUAUUAG